AUGGCAGUUUCGAAGCGCGUUGAAUUCCGAACGGUGGAUGGGGUGACUCUAAGAGGCGAUUUGUAUAUGCCAAAUAACACAAACAAUAAGGUCCCUAUUGUGGUGAUGACACAAGGAUUAACGUUGCUAAAAGAACACUAUUUGCCCGAUUUUGCUAUACGCUUUCAAGCUGCAGGCUAUGGCGUGCUUAUUUACGACCACCGCGGAUGGGGCUCCAGCGAAGGAGAGCCGCGCAACGCCGUAAAUCCAAUGCAGCAAGCAGAGGAUUAUCAUGAUGCGGUAAUUUUUGCCCGCAGCAUUCCAGGGAUAGAUAAAGAUCGAAUUGCCAUGUGGGGAAUAGGGCAUUCUGGUGGUGCAGCAUUAAUCUCUGCAGGCAACGACGACUAUAUCAAAGCCGUUGUACUAGUUAUGCCUCUUCCAUCCGGGGCACGAGAUGCAGCAAGCUUCCCUCCGGAGUUGAUGGAGCAGUUCAAAGCAGAACGUCUUGCGAGAAUACAAAACCCGGCCUUGGAGGAAACAUACGUACAAGUUUGGGAUAACUCUCUCGAGCAGGCGUCUGGCGAGCGUGGCAAGGUCAUCUUACAUUCUCCCCCUACAUAUGAGUUUAUCUCUGGCGGCCAACGACGUUCUGACGCCGCGGGCACCCCUUGGGAAAACAAGAUUACAUUGCGGAGUUUAUACGAUAUCAGCAAAGUCGAGCCUCAAGACUUUAUCCGCAGAAUUAGCCCGAGACCAUUGCUGUACCUAGCCGCCGUGGAAGACGUACUAACCGCACCUCUUGAAAUGCAUAAGAAGGUAUUUGAGCAAGCAGGGGAGCCAAAGGAAUUCGUCAGGCUAAACAACCACCACGUCGCCACCUAUUUCGACGCCAGUUUCGAGGAGAACAUCACAGCGCAGAUUCAAUUUUUGAACAAGUAUCUAUAG